AUCAACCCCCUAGCCCAACCUAUCAUCUACUCCGCCGUUUUUGCAGGUACACUCAUUGCUGCAUCAAGCUCACACUGAUUUCUCACCUGGGUAGGCCUAGAAAUAAAUAUACUAGCCUUUAUCCCAAUCCUAACCAAAAAAACAAACCCUCGCUCCACAGAAGCCGCUAUCAAGUAUUUCCUAGUACAAGCGACCGCGUCCAUGAUCUUAAUAAUAGCUAUCCUCUCUAACAACCUACUCUCCGGACAAUGAACCAUAACUAGCACUACCAACCAAUACUCAUCACUAAUAAUCCUAACAGCACUAGCUAUGAAACUGGGAAUAGCCCCCUUUCACUUCUGAGUCCCAGAAGUCACCCAAGGAACUACCCUUACAUCCGGCCUGCUCCUUCUCACAUGACAAAAACUAGCCCCCAUCUCAAUUAUGUACCAAAUCUUCCCAGUGGUAAACACAAACAUUCUCCUUACCUUUUCAACCCUAUCCAUCAUAGUAGGCAGCUGAGGCGGACUAAACCAGACCCAACUACGCAAAAUCCUGGCAUACUCCUCAAUCACCCACAUAGGAUGAAUAAUGGCCAUUCUUCCAUACAACCCAAACAUCACCAUCUUCAACUUGACCAUCUACAUUGUAUUAACAACCACUGCAUUCCUAGCACUCAACCUAAAUUCCAGCACCACAACCCUACUAUUAUCCCGCUCCUGAAACAAAUUAACCUGACUUCUACCCCUAAUCCCAUCCACCCUAUUGUCACUAGGAGGCCUGCCCCCACUGUCCGGCUUCCUACCCAAAUGGCUUGUCAUUGAAGAGCUCACAAAAAACGGCAGCCUCGUUAUCCCGACUAUCAUGGCUAUCAUCACUCUUGCCAACCUAUACUUCUACACACGCCUAAUUUACUCCACCUCAAUCACAUUAUUUCCCGCAUCUAACAACGUAAAAAUAAAGUGGCAGUUUGAAAACACAAAACCCACACUUCUUCUCCCCACACUCACCGUCCUCACCACUCUUCUCCUACCAAUUGCCCCACUCAUAUCCCCUACCCCAU